CCCAGAACACAGUGAAAAGAAAACGAGGAGAAACACGAGUGUCAGAUUGCCUCAGACAAACCUUAGUUGAACAUUUUUUGUGGAGAGUCAACUACAGAUUCCAUUUGAGUGGAACUUCCAUUCUACUUGCUUCUCCUGACGGGGAUUUGUUUACUGGCAAUCCCGGUACAUAAAAGGAUCCUUAGACUAAAGGCACAAUUAUCUCUGAUUGAGGGUUAAUACCUCCAGAGAUCAUGGACUGGAAGACAUUGCAAGGUGUCCUCAGUGGGGUAAAUAAAUAUUCCACAGGAUUCGGUCGGAUCUGGCUAUCUGUUGUCUUCAUCUUCCGAGUGUUGGUUUACGUAGUGGCGGCAGAGAAAGUGUGGGGUGAUGAUCAGAAAGAUUUUGACUGCAACACCAGGCAACCUGGCUGCACCAACGUCUGCUUCGACCAUUUCUUCCCCAUCUCCCACAUCAGGCUCUGGGCCUUGCAAUUGAUCUUCAUCUCCACACCUUCCCUGCUGGUUGUGAUGCACGUGGCCUACAGAAAAGACAAGGAAAGAAAGUAUCACGUGAAGCACCCCGACUCCAGCACUAGGCUAUAUCAGGAUGCCGGUAAAAAGCACGGAGGGCUCUGGUGGACCUACAUGAGCAGUUUAUUUUUUAAAACUGUGAUUGAAAUUGCAUUCUUGUAUAUUCUCCACGCAAUUUAUGAGAGUUUUGAUAUGCCUCGCCUUGUCAAAUGUGAGAUUCAACCUUGUCCCAAUGUUGUCGAUUGCUACAUUGCCAGGCCCACCGAGAAAAGGAUCUUCACUUAUUUUAUGGUUGGGGCAUCAGCCCUUUGCAUUGUAAUAAGUGUGGUUGAAAUGAUUUACUUGAUCUCGAAAAGGUUUAUCAGGUUUUGUAUGUUGCACUGUGGGAAAAGUAAAUCAGUAAUGACCAAAGGUAAGUCUGGCUAUCUUGGCCACAAUCUCAAUCAUGUGAAUUACAUGCAUAAUGGCAAAUCACUGGACGUUAUUCGUGCUUCAGCCCCAAAUCUUUCUACAAUGUAAUAAGUCUUCACCCAUCCUGGGAAGUACUUUUGAAGGUGUAAAUGGUAUCGCAACAACAUUGAACAUGGUACAACUGAUCAAUCGCUUUGAAGCUUCCUUAGGCAAGUGAUUAGGAAUUUUUGUAAGACUUGAUUGAAUUCUCUAGCGUAGGUCGUGGAGAGUGGGAAAUUUCUCAACAUUUCUCGGCAUCUGAGCUUCUCGCUGGGUGGUUAAGGAAUAGCUUUUAUGAAACACCAUGGAGGUAUUCAUUGAGUAGGGUCUUCCACCUUCAAAAUCAGGGAGCUUUCACAGCACCUAGAUGUGCCUUGCUUAUCAUUGCGACAAACUAACCUUGUGAACUUCUUAUUUAUAAUCAGUAAUUUAUUUCCUUUCCCAUCCCCAAACCACAAA